CCAACAUAAAGGGACAUUCAUAAAAAGUAACCAGAUAUUGAUUUAGGGAAGAUGUUAAAUGUAUAUAUUUUGUCAAAUUUAUUAAAAAAAACCUUGAUUAAUAAUUUUUUAACUAGUGCAAUUAGAUAUAUAGUUUAAAUCUAUUUUAAGUUUACACCGAUACGUUUGAUCUUGAUAAAAUGUAUAGGACCGUUCAGGAUAUUUGGUGAGCAACCAGAGUUUAUUUACAAAUACGUGUGUUAUUCGGGGGUUUAAGUGAAAAGUGCACGUGUACAGCACGUUUUAAUUAGAUCGAAUGUUUGUAAAUUGACCGAUAACGUCGUUAUACAAAUGUCCCGAUAAAAAUUCGCCUCGUCAAGAUGUUGGCUGAAGAAGAAUCAAGCCAAGGGACUGAAAGCGUCGAGGAAAAUGACAAAAACGAGCCACUGCCAAGUGAAAUUGACGAAAAAACGGACGACCCGGGCGGUUUAUUGUCCCUUGAUGAAAAACCAAGCGUCACUGAUAACUUAUUGAACAUAAAUUCGCCAAAACAGACGCUUUUGGGGAAAUUAAAAGCGAAACAGCGGCUACAAGCUUUUUUAUCACCCAAACCAACGUUGUCUCCACAUAAAAAAACGAAAGAAAUUGAAGAAGUUAAAAUUAAAAAACCAAAAAAACGAGUUGUAAAACAAAAAUCAUUGAUUGAGGAACUCGAACAGAUUAAAAAAGAUGAACAAAACAUGUUUGAAAACUCCGAAUCAAAAAAAGAAGAUACUAGUUUUAGUGAUAGAAGAAAAUCCAACGUUGGGCUUCACCAUCGAUCGUUUUCCACCCACUUAAAAGAGUACAAAGAGAAGAGACAGUCGAGUUUGGAAGAAAAGAAAAAAUACGACCACAAAAAGUAUCCAAAAAAUUGGCACGAAGUUUCCGAACGGAAUUUAUCCAUUGAAGAUUGUAUAAGAAUCAAAAACGGAUUGGGAUCGAGUCGAAAAAAAGGAAUUACAACCGAUUUUCGAAUACAACUUCUUUAUAAUUCGUCUCCGAUAGAACUUAACCCUUUGAUUAUAAAAAGUAUUCAAGGAUCAGAAAAAACAAUCUCACCCCCGUAUAUAAGAUACACAAGAAAAUUUCCACCUAUUUCUUAUUCAGUGAAUCCAACGAAGUGUGCACCUUAUUUUUUAUCAUCUCGUGAAAUUUACAAUUACGUUCCGGAAAUACAUAAAGAUGUUAUUGAUAAAAUAAGAAAUCACGCGGAAGAAAGUGUACCGAAAAGUUUAAAAAACGCCCCAAAACAAACUUCGCGAAAAUGGUUUCCAAAAACUAUUUUGGAACCGUUUCAAAAAGAAUGUGAGCUUUUGGAGCCAUCCUCGUUGGGGUUAAGUGUAAUUCAGGGUUACGUUGAUGCUGAAGAAGAAGAGGUACCUAAUGUUUCGAAUAUUGAGGUGGAUGAAAAGAAAAAGAUGAAAAAUAAAAAAGUAAAAGAUGAUAAGAAGGAGGAGGAGAUUAAAAAGAAGAAGAUUAAGAAGAAGAAAAAGGAUAAAAAAGUGAGUAAAAAAAUCAAAAAGAGUGAAAAGAAGUUAAAACGUAAACAAGAGAAGAAAUUGAAAAAGAAAAAGGAAAAAGAAAAUGAGGAAGGAAAAAUAAAUAAAGAAAAAGAAGAAAAAGCUAAAGUUAAAGAAAGUAUUGAAAAAGAUGUCGAUAAAAUACCCAAAAAAGAUAGGUUAAGAUCAUCUUCUUAUUCAAAAGAAAAAGAAAUUGUUAAAGAAAAACCCAAGUCGAAGAGUAAACACAAAUCUCGAUCAAAAAGCAAAGAGAAAUCUCGUUCGAAAAGCAAAGAAAACCCAAAUCACGAAAAUAAAAAAGAUAAAGAUAAAACUGUUUAUCAAGAACCAAACAAAGAUGACCAAAAAGAAACUAAAGAUAAAGAAAUUAAAUCAAAUGUAACCUCAAAAAAAGUUAAAAACGUUUCAAAUGUCGCUUUGCAUUACGACGAUGUUGAUAUUUUCCCCGAACACGAUGAUGGAGGAUAUAAAAAAUCAAAAAAAGAUGAAGAAAAAAAAAUUAAAUCACAAAAAAUUAAAAAAUCACCCCCAAAAUCCGAUACGGGAACCCCAGACACCGACGAAUAUCAUUCUUAUUGGGAAAGCGACGAAGACGUCACAAAUAUAAUCUCAUUUUCCCCCAAAAAAUUAGACAUGUCAUGGGACAGCGAUGAUGAACCAAUCGAGAGAAGCAAAAGACCACGACGACAACAAGAAUAUUCCCCAGAACGAACGAUUGAUCGCCCUGGAAAGAUUAAAAAGGGUGGGGAACGGUCUUUGGAGAUGCCUCUAAAUAUUAAACACGUCUCUAGGAAAGUUGAGGGUAAUGAUGAUCUUUGGAGAGAUCGAGAAUCGGAACGAUUACGACACGAAAUGGAAGUUUUGAGCCAUGAGAGGAAAUUAUUGGAGAUGGAGAAGAGAUUAAUCGCUGAGAAAUUGAGAGAGGUGAAAAAUACGGAGAUGGAGAUGAAUUAUGUUGAGUUUAAAGAUGAGAAAAAUGUUGAUAAAGAUAAAAUUAAUGAGAAAUUGAAAUGUGAGGAGGUUAAAUUAGAGAGUAAUAAAGAAAAGAAUAAAAAGAAACGAAAAUUAUCUUGUAAGGAAGAUAAAAAAGAUGAUUUAAAUGAAGAUGAAUUAAAAAUAAAUGAUAAAACGAAUGUUUUAGAGAAUGAAUAUGAAGAAUUUUUGAAAGCUGUGACUACUGAUAUUUCUGUAAAAACGGAAGCUUUUACUAAAGUGAUAGAAAACGAGAUAAAACCAAAAAAAUCGUCGAAAUUAAAACGAAAAUUAAAAGAAAAAAGAAAACGUAAACAGAAAAAAGAAGGAAAGAAGUGGAAAAAACGUUACAGAAAUAGCUCAAGUAGCUCGGAUUCAUCCUCUUAUAGUAGCUCUUCUUCUUCAUCAAGUAGCUCAUCAAGUUCUAGUUCAAGUUCUUCUAGUGAUGACUCAAGAGAUAGAAAAAAAAAGCGUCGAAAGAAAAAUUUCAAAUUAAUCAAACCCGUGAUUGAAAAUUUAGACGAUUUGGAGAAAAUCCCCAACGAACAUUUAAGGGUUAAAAUUAAAGAGGAAAUAAUCGAAACUAAUCUAAAUCCAAAUUUAAAUCCAAAUUCAUCCUCCGUUUCAUCAAUUUCCUCGUUUUAUUCAUCAAAUUUAAUAAUUUCCCCCAUCUUAUCCAAAUUACAACCCCCCGCGAUCGUCCCACCACCCGAAAUCGUCCCCCCACCAUCAAAUUUCAAAAAUUUCCUUUCCAUCAAAAUCGAAAAAGACGAAAUUUCCACUUCGCAUGAUUUAUCGAACAUUAAUUUAUCAUCUAAAGCCGAUUCAACGACUUCUUUAUCACAAACGAAUGAUAGUUUCGAAAAUGAGAGUAUUAAAAAUUUAGAAUUAACAUCAAAUUAUUCUUUUACAAUUUCAAAGAAACAAAAUGCGAUCGUUUAUGAUGCCAUCCCAGAUGAAAAUAGUCAAGAUUUUACUGAUUUGUUGAAGAUUAAGAAAGAUAAUGAUGGGGAGGAUGAAUUUGGUGAAAGAAAUAAUUGUAGACGUGAUUUAUCGCCGGGGUUAAGAAGUUUAAGAAAAUCGAUUUCCCCCACGAUACGAAGAAGUGAGAGGAAAAGUAGAAGAUUAUCGCCUUUAUCUCCGAAACGAAGGAGGAGAUCGAAUUCGCCGAGAUACCGGAAACGGAGUUAUUCCCCUAGAAUUAAUCGUAAACGCUCGGUGAGUCCGCGAAGAAAAAAUCAUUCACCAAGACACGAUCGAUACGAACGAAAAAGAUCGUAUUCGCCGAAUUCGCAACGAUUUAAACGUUAUAAAAGAAGUUAUAGCCGAUCUCCGAUAAAUCGAAAAGAACCGAUACAAAUUACGUUACAAAGAAUCGCCGCUGGCGAAGAUUACCGAAAAUCCCCGAUUACUAACUCACCAGUUGAUGGGUUCAAACGAAGUUUAGCCGAUUCAACGAUAAGCGAUGAACAAUUAUUGCAACAAAAUCGAAAUGAAAUCGUUGAUUCCCCCAUUUAUAAUUACCAUAAAAGAAUCGAGCACGGAUUAACAUCACCGAAAAGAAUCCCUUUAGACGACCGAAUUAACCAAGUCUUAGGGAUAGAAAAGGAGCAAAUGAAACCCCCGGAACAACCACAUUACAAUUAUUACAACUACGACUACAACAACCACCAAUACGGUCAAAAUCAAGUUCGCCAAAUCGGAAACGUUCUCGAAGUAGUUCCAAGAGACGAUUUAGAUAUCACUCAAAAUAAACCUUCAACCCAAACCACACAAAUUCUCCAAAUCGGAAAUGUACUUCAAGUUGUUCCAACACCGUCUCUUCCUCCAAAUUCAAAUCCAAAUCUAAAUCUAAAUAACCCGAUCCAAACCCCCAAUUACAUCCACAACGCUACUAAUAAUAAUUUAAUUGAAAUGGUACCUAAUUUGCAAGAAGCUCCACAACACCAAUCGAUUGAAUUGGAGAAAAUCUCGCCCGAAGAUACGUUGAAGAAGAAAUUGGCGGAACGAAGGGCGGAAAAACAAAAACGUCACGAAGAAAGGGAAAAGAAACGGAAAGAUAAGGAGGUGAGGAAAUCGGAGAAGGAAAAAAGGAAGCAGAUGAAAUUGAAAAUGAAGACGGAGACGAUGAUUAAGCAUGCGCUUAAAUUGGAAACGGAGGCGUUGGCGAUGGGGGGUGAUAGUAAUGAGGAAAAUGAGGAGUUUGUUGGGGCGAAUGGGGAUGAAAUUGUUGGAGGGUUUUGGUCGAAAGGGAUUGGGUCGAGUCCGAUGUUGAGACCGGCUGGGAAAAGUAUUUUAAUUAAUAAAAUAAGUAAAUCAUCUAUUAACAUCGAAGAUUUUGUUGAUCGAAAGAAAAUGGUAAUAUUCGCUGAUGGAAUAGUUCCUGGUGAAGGAACGUCAACAUCGGGUGGUGAAGAACUUUCAUCACCACCGCCGUUACAGGCAGUUGUACCGACCGAGAAACGCGUUAAAAAGAUCAAAAAGAAGAAAUCAAAAGCUUCCAAGAAGAAAAAAAUCAAGGUUAAAGUACCAAAAAAGUCGUCUGAACCAUGCGAGGAUGACACUGAAUUGUAUAAUUUACCACCUCCGUCACCACCACCAGGAUCUCCGCCCCCUCACAUAUUCCCGGCGCGUAUAAAAACGCACACAAUAAACAAUAUCCAUCCGAGUUAUGGGGCCCCCGUUCCGUUUAUGCCGGUAAAUUACCCACAACAACAGCAAUACAGGACGAGUUUGCCCGAUAUCAGCGUGCCUCCGCCCCCUACUUUGGCGAUGGCCGGUCUUUUACCCACCGGACCUCCGCCUCAACGAUCGUAAAUCAAUGGAAACUAGAAAAUUGGAGAAUUCUGCGAGAUUAUGGAGAAUUAGAUGUGUAGAAUUUGAGUGGUUUUUCCUUUAUAAGUGUACAUAAGUUACAUAAUAAUUUAAUCAUAUGAUACACAUUAUACGUUACAUAUAAAUAAUUUAAUCAAUUAUCAUAGAGUUUAU